AUGUAUAGCGUUCUAAGAGAAGAGAGUCAGAUGGUAGUGGGCCAACAUGGUCUUGUUAAUCGCUGUGCCUGGAUGCUUAGCUAUUGCUGGAGCUUUGGAUUACCUCUCUCCCCGAACCUGGCAUCCGGCCACAGAUCCUCAAACUGCAAGCUUUAUCGUAGCAUUAUGAAUGCAUCACCAUUCGAAACUCGGCAUCACUGCCACUUGAAUCGGGUGUUCCGGGCCUAUCCGAUCGUACCAAUGCUUCCAGGAAAGACGUUUUCCACAGCCCAGACUACCUUCAGCACCAAUUUUGUUAUCCCCCUGAAACUUUGCAACCGAGCUCGUGAUGAUAUCGUGAAUAUGAAGCUUAUCGACCGUCGUCGAGGAGAUACAGACAUCGCUCUUGCACAUCACCAGUCCAGAGGGGCGGGGGUGGAAGAGAGGUGGAAUCUGGAGAAGAGUCGCUUCCGCCUUCGUGCUGUUGGCAAUUAUCAGGCAAUCAUCUACGUCGGGAGCGCCGGCAGAGGUGUAGUUUUCAAGGGCACCCUAUAUGCACUCGCGCUUGUAUUUUCUGGAAGGCCUUCUCUUUCCGGUUCGUUGCUUGAGCCUGGGCUUGAUUUGGAAAUCGUCAACAAAUUUGAUCUCUAUGGGGAGUUCUCGGCGUGCCACCUUCGAGAGAGAGAAGAUGGCCCAGGAGACUGUGGAAACUUUGAGUUCGAUCGAAACGAGGUUGUUGAAUCAGCCUAUGGAACCCUAUCAGGCAUGUUAUCCCUCAAAGACCUGGAGAGGGGAAUAACAAGCUCUGCUGACCUCAGCGCCAAUACGCCCGGCACCGGUUGGAUUAUUUCAAUUGUAUUUCGCGACAGCUUGGUGGGUGACUCCCUUGACGUCCGUUCUGCCCUCUGUCGUUUGGAUGAUGGUUUCCGUGCCUGUUGCGUGGGGGCAUUUUUAGAGUACAUCUCUGUUCGGAUUCUCCAUUUCAAUUGGUGUCGGAAAAAAGAGAAAGAAAGCAAGUCCCCUUUUCAAGCCCCGCAAUUUUUACACUCCCGCGAAUAUGGCUUGGAUGUUACUCCCAGAUUAGGCUAUCCAGCCCAUCUACCACGAUCUCACGGAUCACAGGAUUUAGCUAAACCAAUUGUCACACUCCUGCGCCACGAGCAACGAUCAACGAGCAAGUACGCCUAUAUUAACUAUAUCACCCAUCAAUCUUCUAUUACACAAUUCUCCACCUGCGACACCACGAACCACCGGCGCCAAACCAGCAACAUGUUCUUCAAGACCUUGCGCCGCACGUCCAAAUCAUCCGCCAGCACCACCACCACCACCACCACCACAAACACCGACCCGAACAACAAACACAGCAUGGAUAUCACACGCAUAGCCUUGGGCUCAUCAUCUCUCUGUAACGGCACCAUUGCCUCAUCGCAACCGUCAUACUUCAAUACCCCCGCGAUUUUCAUCUCGGCGCCGGUUUUAACUCCACCCAGCACGGUGGGGGAGUAUGGGGGAACAAAUAUGGAGCAGAAGCGGGCCAAGGGUGGUGUAAAUGGGACAGAAGGUGAGGAGGGGAAAGAUUACCAGGAGUUUUUGGAAAAGGCGAGGAGGGAAGACGAGGAGGCCGAGAAGGCGAAGACGAGAAAAGUUAAGAAGGCCCGGGAGACAAAUAUGAGCCCCUGGGCGAAAAGGAUAUCAGGGGAGGAAGAUACGACCCGGCAUGUAGUUGUACUACGUGGUAUGUUGGGCUGCGAAUUACUCGACCCCGGGACGACGCAGAGCAUGCAGCUACCGGUACUACGUAGUUCUGGUUGCAUCCAGGACGAGGGUGUACACCACCGGAUAUCAGAUACUGGACAGCAUAUAAGCGUCCAUAUAUUCCAGACAGCUAGUAUCUUCAAGGCCGCGGCUGUGGGACCGGAACCACACACACCAACAGACAACAGAUUAACACAAGACGCUUUCGAAAUGGCGAUGGGAGGAUCAUGCCAACGCCAAUGCCAUGUCACACAGUCGCCGUUGGGGCAUAUACGGCGAUCUUUGCAGAGCGCGCGAGAGGCGAGAGCGGGGGGGGGUAUUGCCCGUAUGGACAGGCCACUCGUAUCAACAAGAUCAAUGGAGUCCCAAAUCAUCUCGAUCCUCAUCCUCAUCCUCAUCCUCAUCCUGCGUUCUUCAUGUACAUGCAAUAUCUCAACCCGCACGCAAUCCUUUUUGCAAUGCCCUACUUCACAGAGAAAUAUCCUUGACGGGGAUAGAAGGCGAGCGCCUUUACACAGGCUCUCUACCACAGAGGCACUCCCUCUCUCAGCUUCGUUGAAUCUGAUGCGGGUUGGGGAGUUGGAAUGUACGUAG